AUGAUGCUGUCCAAGGCGGCGUCUGGUUGUAGUCGCAAGCAAGAGGCAUGGGUUGGGUGGUUGUACGGCGGGGUGGUGGAGGAGUUCAACCGCUUACGCAAGGCUGGGGUGAAGUUCUCGCCGAAGUUGCUCAUUUUGUUCGCCAAAGUCUUCGUCAAGACGUCGACUCAUCCGGUGUUGAAUACUACGUUUGCGAAUGAAGCCAAGCCGUACAAGCCCAUAUUGGACCGUAUCGAUCUUCGAUGGGUCCAACGCCUCAUGGACAAGUACAACUUUGUCGGGCGGGCACAUCCCGCAAAAUUGAUGGUGUAUGAGAAGCGCAAUGUGCACAUCGAAGGAGAUCGUCUGCCAUCUCGGAACCGUCGCACGCAAGCUUCCGCUCUCACAUUGAAUCAUUGCAUUACUCAUGAACCAGCGCACUUAGGUGAGUUCCAGUCUUGCAAAAACGUCGUAGAGAGUGUUGACGAUACUCAUUUCGUUGUCGAUAUCGACAACGGGAAGAUGCUCGGGUUCCGUAGCGAUAACGACGUCAAGUACGCUGAUGAUGUCUCAGGCGGGGUUGGGAUGACUAUGGUUCAUGACCCAGAAAGUUUGCUCGAGUGGCUGGGUGAGAGCUGA